AUCUAAGAAUAUGAUGUAUGGUGAAGGACGUUGAGUUGCUUCAUCAAUCAACAACAUCAUCCUAUGUUUAUGUUGUGAACAGAACAGAGCAGGGUUGUGUUUGUGGAGCAGCAAGAAAUCAUGCUCUUUCUCUCCCUUCAUUCUCAUCUAUCUCCAAAUUCUUCAUAUUCUCACAUUCACAUUUCCUCUUCACUAUUACCAAACUCCAAUAACACUCACCAUAAUCACCAACCCUCUUCCCUUCCAAUUCCCAAAUCCCAUUCCGAUGUUCCCAUUAAAGCUCCCACUCCUCCAUGGAUGCAGGGUCCUCUUCUUCUCCAACCCCACGAUCUUCUUGACCACUCCAACCCCAAAGCCAAGGUGAAAAAAUAUGACCUUUCUGAACAAACAUUGACGGGGAAAGAGGUUAGAGGGAAGAGGGUCAUGAAAAAAAUUGCCCAGAGGGUUGAAAAGCUUAACAAGGCUCAGAAUUCAGCUGAGACUCAAACGGGUUAUCCCAAAGUUGAAAACUUUGUGGGCUGUUUGGAGAGUUUGGAGGAAAAUGAGGAGGUUAGAACUAACGGGAGAAUGCCGUGGGAGAAGGAUGAGAAGCUUGUUUUUCUGAGUUUGAAGAAGGAAAAGGUUAUCACUGCUGCAGAAUUGACUCUUGAUAAGGUGCUGCUUCGAAGGUUGAGGAAUGAGGCUGCUAGAAUGAGAGUUUGGCUUAAGGUUAAGAAAGCUGGUGUUACACAAACUGUUGUGGAUGAAAUUAAACGGACUUGGAGGAGAAAUGAACUUGCCAUGGUUAAAUUUGAUAUCCCUUUAUGCCGGAAUAUGGAUAGAGCUCGAGAAAUUGUUGAGACAAAGAGUGGAGGCUUGGUUGUUUGGAGUAAGAAGGAUGCUCUUGUGGUUUACCGAGGAUGCAAUCAUCAAUUGACCACUAAAGGUUCUUCUAUUCUAAGAACAAAUCAUUAUGGAAUGAAUUGGGUGGAAUCAGCUUCCAAAGGUGAUCUUUACUGGGUUAAACCCAACCAUAGUUCGAGUGAGAUGCCAAGCUGGAAUGCUGAUAAUAAGGAUUCUAUAUCAACAGGCAUCCAAGAUAUGAACUGCCAACCUGUCUGUGGAUCAUUGUAUGAGCGGGAAACUGAUCGUUUAUUGGAUGGCUUAGGACCUCGUUUCAUUGAUUGGUGGAUGCACAAGCCACUUCCAGUAGACGCUGACUUACUUCCUGAAGAGGUUCCUGGGUUUCAUCCUCCAUUUAGGCUUUGUCCCCCUCAUUCUAGUGCAAAACUAACUGAUUAUGAACUAACAUACUUCAGGAAGCUUGCUUACCCUUUACCAACUCAUUUUGUCCUUGGAAGGAACAAAGGACUUAAAGGCUUAGCUGCUGCCAUCUUAAAGUUGUGGGAGAAGAGUCUUAUAGCAAAAAUUGCUAUCAAGUAUGGAAUUCCAAAUACUGACAAUGAAAUGAUGGCCAAUGAACUGAAGCAUCUCACUGGAGGAGUUUUGUUGUUGCGAAACAAGUUUUACAUAAUACUCUAUAGGGGAAAUGAUUUCCUUCCAAAAAGAGUUGGUGCUUUGGUAGAAAAGAGAGAAAUGGAACUUAAAACUUGCCAACUUCAUGAAGAAGUUGCACGGAUGAAAGCAAUUCAAGCCUUUUCUUCUAAUGAUGAACCACCACAAGACACUAGUACAAGUGGAACUUUGACAGAAUUUAAGAAAAUCCAAACAAAGCUUGAGGAUGUUAAAAAUGUUGAUGUAGAUUUAAACAUUCAACUGGAAGCAGAAAUAUAUAGACUGGAGAAGGAAUUGAAAGAGGAAAAGCAUAAAGCUUUCAUUCUUAGCAAGAAAAUAGAAAGAUCUGCAAACGAAUUAUCAAAGUUAAAUGCUGCAUGGACACCUACUGAGCAGGACACUGACUUAGAAAUAAUGACAGAUGAAGAGAGAGAAUGUUUCCGAAAGAUAGGAUUGAAGAUGCAUAGUUGCUUAGUGCUUGGCAGGCGUGGAGUCUUUGAUGGUGUAUUGGAAGGCCUACACCAGCAUUGGAAAUACAGAGAAGUAGUGAAGGUGAUUACGAUGCAGAGACUAUUCAGUAAAGUCCUUGACACUGCAAAGUUGCUGGAGAUAGAGAGUGGUGGAAUUUUAGUUUCAGUUGAUAAACUAAAAGAGGGCCAUGCUAUUAUUAUUUACCGUGGGAAAAACUAUAGAAGAACUUCAAUAAAGGUAGCAAAAAAUCUUCUAACCAAAAGAGAAGCAUUGCGUAGAUCCCUUGAAAUGCAGAGACUUGGAUCACUGAAGUUUUUUGCUCGUCAGAGGGAGCAGAUGAUCUCCGAAUUGGAGCUGAAACUGGCAAACCUACGGCAGAGAAAGGAAAUUGAGCUGAGAGAACUUGAAAAUUGAUGCAUGCAUGUUUGAAUCAUUAUCAUGCUGCAACUGCUCUCAUGUUUUCUGCUCAUUGACGGUAGACAAGAUUAGGCAUACCAGAAAUCCAAGCAUCAGCAAGCAACAUGUUUUUGCAAAUAAUCAAAGUGGCAUCUUUGCUGCUGUAUGGAUCUGGAAAACUUUGAAACAACAAUUCUGCAUGGAAGAAAUGAAGCUUGAAGCAUAUGCACAAAUGUAAAUGAGCAGGGAAGAUUGUGGAAUUUUUUCCUUUUUCAGAAAUCAAAUGUUUUCCUUCUUCACUCAUGUUCAAUCAUCAUCAACUUCCUGUAAGUUGAAGCUGAAUCCUGUAAAGGCAUAGCUUGCUUUUAGAAGUUAAAAAAAAUGCUUGUACAAGGUUGUUCCAUCCUGUGAAGUGUUCUAUAGGCAUAAAGUUAUGAAGCUGCCAGAGAUGUAUUUUUUCAAAAAGUAAUGAUUCUCUUAAACUUAUCUUUUAAGAGUAGUUUUACUAAUAAAUGCCAAAUAAGCAUUUUUUUUUUCUAAUUUGUUAUCGGUACUAGUUAUUGAAACUAAAAGAUUUCAUAACGAAUGAUAAUGUUCUUAAUUACUCGUGUUAUAAAUAUACUUUAUCUGGUGAUGCAAUUUAUCAUGUAAUGUAAAUGUUUAAAUAUUU